AUGGUGAAGGUAGAACAUUUUAUUCAAAGUUCAGAAAACCGCAUACGUGCAUCUUUAUGUCAAUAGCUUUUAAUUUGUAACCAUAAAGUGAUUAUUUAUUAAAUUGUCUUUUAAAACAUAAACAAUGUUGAUCAAAGUGAAGACUCUUACCGGAAAGGAGAUUGAAAUAGAUAUAGAACCUACAGAUAAAGUAGAAAGGAUCAAGGAGAGAGUGGAAGAAAAGGAAGGGAUACCGCCUCAACAACAGCGAUUGAUAUUUUCUGGAAAGCAAAUGAAUGACGAAAAAACGGCGCAAGAUUAUAAAGUUCAAGGUGGAUCAGUACUGCAUUUGGUACUCGCAUUGAGAGGGGGUUUAUAAUUACGACAUUCCUUGUUCUGGAAUGUAUGUGCGAGUGUGUGUGUGUGAAUAUUACAGAUUGUAUAAGAUCAGCCACAAAUAUAAUAGGAUGCUUUCUAAUGUUACAUUCGCUGCGCUGUGUUUGCAAGGACUUGUAAUCGUCUUUGUAUCUCUCUUUGAUUGAACGGUUACAUUUAGAAUUGAAAUAAAUAUUAAUAAAAGUAAUUUAGUUAUAGAAACCUAAUACUUGCAUAACCAAUAUCGUAAUCAUCUUUCAAUUAUAUCUAUUAUGAAAAAUAUCCGCGUACAAUAUUUGUAGUAUGAAUCUAAUUUUCCUAAGUUUGUGAAGUCCCCAUUGAAGCGAGACCCGAUCCGAAUUUGAAUAAAUUUCGUUCGAAAAUUCGAGCUCGUAUCAUAUCGAUAUUAGUUUCUAUGAUAUUUGCUGUUAUGAGUUGCCAGACUCCACUUUGUUUUGAAAAAUCGUUGGCAAAUGUUGCAGUACGCGGUAGAACUCUGCGACUCCUCGUGUCUCGAUGUAAUAUGCCGUAGAAGAGCGGGCUGCGUUGUAAAUGUUACACCGCAUUUAUUACAGAACCACCCUGGCGAAUGCAAACUCCAUUCCGGUAUCCUUGUGUGUGCCUCUAUAAAUUUAUAUCUUCCUAUAACUAACGCUGCAAUAACAUUAUAUCGCAAUAAAUAUUUCGAGACGAAUUUUAAUUCUUUCAGAAGUACUUCGCGAUUGUCAAAUAGUAACAUAAAUGAUUUUAACGAACUUGUUUUCUAUACGCGUAACGAAUGAUAUUUCGAAUCUCACGAGUCUACUUAUUAUUACAUGAACUAGUAUAUAGAGUAAAAUAAUGGAUAUCACAAGGAUAAUCUGAGAUCCUUAACUAAGUAUCAAAUGUAAAAAUUCUCAAAAUUUGAUCAAGAAUUUUUAGUUGUACGGCUGUCGGAGAUAUUUCCAAGAAUCCCAGGAACAUAUAUUUUUCACGGUAUACUGGUCGGUUUUUACCAUAAUGCGUAUUGUCUGUAAAACAGCAAAAUAUCCACUUUCCUACUAUAUUAAAAAAAAAAAAAAGAAAAAAAUAGAAAAAGAAAAGAAAAGGCAGCAAAAGGAAAGAGUAUGUUCACACACCACAAGCAGAACAGAACCGUAAUUAAGAAUAAAUUUAAAAGAAGAUAAUUGUUAUGUUCACAUUUAUAUCUUUAAUUCCUUGUAAAUAAAUACCAUAAAUCGAGUUGAAUGUUAUUAGAACGCAUCAAAUACAUAAUAUGUAUCUAGUACGUAAGAGAAAUGCAUCGAACCUACGUUUGUUCGCAAAUUUUUGCCUCCAUCGUAAUUUCUAUUUGAUAUAUGCAUAUCACUUUCCUGAAAGAUAUCAACACUGGAACUUCCAUUGUAAAUUGAUUUAUUUACAUUGCUGUAAUAACAUUUUAAAGCAUACUGUUAUGUCACUUUUAACUCACAAGCUCACAAUUAAUACAUAUACGUAACACGUUUUUAAAUCGAAAUGAAAAGCUUGCUACUACCGGCGCAAUUAUUACUUGACCAUGUUAUCUAUAGAUAGUUUGCAUUUGUUCGUCUAGGUACGUGGUGCGUUCCGCGUUCGCGAUAUAUGGUUAACCAUGGGUUUAUGAAAUAAAGUUUCCACUUAAACAUGA